CGGUCACCAUCCGGCGGACGGGGGCCAAGUAAAUGCGUCACGGGUGGAGGAAAAUUGGGAAUUGAUUUUUUCUUGCCCUCCCUGGCGAGGAGCCGCGCGGGCAAGAAAAGGAAGCCGCCGAGGCCACGCACGCCAUCGCCGCCGCUCUCUCUCUCCUCCGCCUCCUCGUCCUCCUCCCGCCCUCUCUCUCCUCCACCAGCCAAUAAAGACCGGCUCUAAAUACGAGUCCAUCCGGGAGCAGGAUAUCUUGCGUAGAUUCUUGGCAGGUUGUUAAGGCAGCAGCCGGCGGUGCUCCUGUCCGGGACGCUAAGGACUCCGGAGGAGCAGAAGCGGCGGCGGCGGCGGGGCUCGUGGUCGAGCGGGGAGGCGCGGGCGCAUGCGCGAGUACGGGCGCGGGCACGAGGAGGAGGAGGAGGAGGAGCAUGAGCCCCAGCCGGGGUGCGGGGAGGGGGCGGGGCAGGCGGCGGCCAACUGCGCCGCGGUGUGCUGCUGCUGCCCGCUGGCGCUGCUCGACGUGCUGCUGCUCGUCAUCGUCAAGCUCCCCGCGGGCGUCAUGCGCCGGGUGAGGAGGAGGAGGAGGCGCCUCCGGGCUAGCCGCAAGAAGCGGUCGGCGACGGCGGCGGAGCCCGCGUCGCCGUCGGGGAGCAGCGGCAAGGCGAUGAUCGGCGCGGCCUCGUCGCCGCUAGAGACCGAGGAAGAAGAGGAGGCGCGCGGCGAGGCGGCGGCGGCGGCGGAGCUGGAGCGCGAGAUUAUGAGCUCCCGGUUCUACGGCGCCGGCUUCUGGCGCAGCGUCUCCUCCGGCUCCAGCUCCUCCGCCUCCAUGCGCUAUCAAUAGCAGCCAGCGAGCUCCUCCUCUGCUCCUCGCGAUUUUGUUGCGUGAGUACAUAGCGAGUAGACAAGCACGCCGAAUCGCCAACAACUACUCGAUCAGUUCUUGAUCAGGCUUCGGGGCGUUCUUGGGGUGCCAGUCAGCGCCGUACUAUUUGGCGGUGCACGUGUUCUUGAUCGACACGUGCGAAUCCGUUCCGUGAGGAUUGGAUGGUUCUUGGAUUCGUACGCCAUUGUCGGGCUUGGACCACACCGGCAGCGGCAGCACGGGACGGAGGCGACCAAAACGGGUGGUCCUGGUCCCACAUGUAAGUCACUCCUUAGAUUUUCUAGUUUUCUUGUUCCUGUGAGAGCCAGCAAAUGCUGGAACCUGAAACUUGUGUUCAAGCAAAUCUGUUAGAACCAUUGAUUGUGAGGCCAAUCAAUAAGUUCGUUUCGUUUA